AGUAAAGAACCAGAGACAUUUCGAUCUUGGGCUUUCGGUAUCGAGGGCGUACGGGCUUGAUGUGGAUUGCGAUUGUGUGUUGAAUAAAGCCGAGGGACGUCGCUCUGCCCGGAGGAUAGACCCACAAUGAUGCUCUUGACGACGCUCUCCACUAUUCUCAUCGCUGCCUCAACUGCGGUGGGAAUUACAGCUUCUCCCCUUGAGGCCCGUGCCGUCACCUCAGCAUCGGGAUCUUGCUCCUCCGGCCUUGCCGCAAUAUUUGUGCAGUCGUCAUCCGCCGUGGGACCGUACUGCUCCUCCAUCCUCUCCCUCACACUCACCAAGGUUACAACCGUUCCCGUUACCUCAACGGAGAUCACGGGCACGGUGGUCGCGACCGUGAAGGUGACGCCGACGAGUACGAAGAUCGUUAGUGCCGCUGCGAAGGCCGUGACGGUUACCGUCAGACCUACGACCGUAAGUGUGAGUUCAGGUGUGACGACGCAAAGUAUUACCAAGACCGCGACGAGUACCAAGAUUGUCACGAAGGCGGUUGUGAAGACUGGGACAGUUACGGCGUUCGCUACCGUCACUGCCACCGUUACGGCCUCUAGAUCCACGAAAGCUAAGCGUGCAUUGACAAGUGUGUCCGUCCCAGCUGUCGCGAAGAGCCAGAACAGUGCGAGUGUGAAGACUGCGUGUGGGUGUGUCGCAACCACCCCAACGCAGACCGUCUACAAAACGAAGACGGUAACGGGCAAGACAACGAGCACGAAGAUUGUCACGGCUACAGCAAAGACGAUUACCACAACGUCCACUCCAACAAUGACCGUCACGGUCUCGAAGGGAACACCGAUUACCUCCGUUUCGAUGAUGAUCUCGACCAAGACCGUGACGGUCCUUACAACCCCCACGGUGACAAAAACCGCAACCCGCUCAACCUCCACCACAAUCACCCAUACCACCACCAAAACCCUAACCAUCACUCCCUCCUCCACCGCCUCCACCCUAACCAUCCCCUCCGCCUCAGCAGCCGCCUACGCAGCCUCCUGCUCCGCCCAAUACUGGUCCCGCUUCGCCGGGUACAUCGCCCCCCCAACCACCUCCUUCACCAUGCUCACCAACACCACCGCCACGGACGCGGCAACCUGCUGUGCUGAGUGUUUUCUCGCGGAGAAUGGAUGUGCGAGUUGGGUUUUCGGGGAUGUAGGGGAGGGGAGUACGGGGUGUUUGAUGUGGGUGCCGACUACGAAUGGAGUUUGUGGAACUGGAGGACAGGUUGAAGUUGAGGUUGUUUAUGGGGGGGUUGGGGGGAGUGAUGGGGGUGUGGGAGUUAGUGGGGUAGGGACUUGUGGGAAGUUGAGUUCAUGAAUUUGAGGAGGAGGAGGUGAAGGGGAUUGUUGGGUGGACGCUUCUUCUGUAUACCCAUCUUUGACAAGACUAUACCUUUUGACAUACUCGAUGUAGCAAAGAUACGGAAAUAUUGGUAUCCACUAUCGUACACGCCCGUCUCAAUAUCGUGCAGACCCACCGUUUAGAUUCCACGUCCACCAGUAA